UUUUUUGGUUCUUAUUGUCUUUUCUUUUUCUUUUUCUUUAUAGACGGUUAUAUAAAGAAUAUUUAUACAAUAUUACAUUCAUUCUUCUCUCUUUUCUUCGUUUCGUUCACCAUUUUAGCCUUCAUGACUCCUUCACCAAGGCAUCUUGAAAAUAACGAACGAUUGAAACUUCCACCUAUAUCCUCUAUGGAUGGUUAUAUACAAAAUCGAAACAUCAUGGCCCCCCCUCCGUUAUCACCUACUCCUCCAUGGUCAUUAUCCAAUAGCAAUACUCGCAUCGAUGAGCAAUCGAUUCAACCUCAGCAGCAACACCGCACAUCACUUCCCUCACUAGUAUCAUCAUUAUCAUCAUCACCAUCAUCUUCUUCAUCUAUAACUGCGCCCAUCAAUCAACAAAAUCAAUAUCAUUUACGACAACAUUCAUUACCUCAUAUCACAGCCACAAUUCCUAACACCUCUUCAUCAUCUUCAUUAUCAACAUCUGCUCCUUCUUCUUCUUCUUUGUCUAUACCUAAAUCAUCAACAAGACGACCUAGUAUUAUUUCACAACAGGAAGAAGAAGAAACACGUCGACGAUCUUCAUCAUCAUCAUCUCAAGAUCAAGCAAUCAUACGAAUAGAUAACGAUGUACAAGAGGUGAUUCGACAAUGUUAUUAUCUAAGCGAUAAUAUGACACAACAAAAACAUCUUUUACUUGAUCAAGAUUAUUUUUGUGACUCAACUAAGAUGCAACCCUGGCUAGAUGGAAUGAUUGGACGUGCGAACGAAGUAUUGAAUGCUUUAUUACGAUUACGAAAACAUCAAAUGGCUGCGGAAAUAGCUCGAUUACAUGGAAAUGAUGGUGAUGCCACUCUUAGUGGGAAUGAUGAUGAUAAUGAUUCCCUUCAGGGUCGUAACCAAGAAAAUGAAUCAUCAAACAAAAAAACCAACAAAUCAUCCAAAAGAGUAGAUGCCAAUUUUCAUUCUAUACCACAAAAGAAACGAGGCCGGCGUUCUGUGUUUCAAGGUCGAUGUCAUUCUUGUAAUAUCUCUGAAACACCUGAAUGGCGACGAGGUCCUGAUGGAGCAAGAACUUUAUGCAAUGCCUGUGGAUUACAUUAUGCUAAGCUUGCUAGGAAAAAGGCUGAACAACAAAAAGAUCAAGUGAAAAAUGGAAAACGAACGGCUUAUGAUGUACUGGUAACUGAUUUAUCUAUGCAAGACUAUGAUUCCAUUCGUAGACCUAGGCGUACUCACCCUCAAUAUUCAAAACCAUCUUCUCCUCUUUUUGAUGAUGACAGUGAACCUCGUCCUUCUGAAAAUAUUAUUCCUUCACCUCCAACUCCUUAACCUUCAAUUUAUUAUUGUAUUAUUGUAUUAUUGUUUUAUCCUUGUAUUCUUUUGUUUUUUUUUUAUUUUACUUUUUAUUUUACUUUCUUCUUACUUUUUUUUUUGUGCAUCAUCCAAAAACUUUUUGUUCUUUUCUUGUCAUUUUUUACCGUAUUCGGUAGACCCCACUAUUUUCUCAAUAAAUCAAAUCUUUCCUCAAUCUAUGGCGUUAUAUAAAAAAGGCAAAAAGUCCCUUCAAUAGUAUAUAUAUAUCUUCUUCCUCUUUUUU